GCGGGAGAAAAACUUUUUUCGUCCAUAAUAAUGUAGUUGUUUAUGAUAAACAAAUCUUUAUAACUAAACUAAUAUUAUACACAGAAAAGGUUGUUUUUUUUAUUUAUUUUUUUUAUAGACCAACUGGAAAUCUAAUUAAACGAUUUAAAAAAAAGUUGCUCCUUGUUGAAAGCUAUGUUAUCACAGAGUAAUAGAGCCGGAAUUUUAUUUGCAAAAACCCGCGCAAUACUGAGACGAUUCGCUGCUGCGUUAUAUAUUUAUAUUGUACAGAUGUUUAUAUUACUUUCGGAGGCGUUCAUUGAUGGUUUUCCUAUAAGUUGCCAACAUCGUAGUACAUCGCUACGUCAAGAAGGGACGGUCGAAGGACCGUUGUCGACAGCGCUUCGCGGCGGUUGCACGCGUCGAGGCAGAGUCGAGAUGGCCGAAUCGGAUAAAAUUAAGUUAACUUCGCGGUUCCCGCGCGGAAUGCAGUCCGCUGGCCGGACACCGGAGACUCGAUCUCCAAGACUCCUACCAUCGAUCUUGAAUGGAGAAGCAGCUCUAUCUUCAGGUAUCCGUUCUCCUGUUGAUCCUUUGAGGGCGUCUACAGAGAGGUUCUGGUCUCGGUACCAUCGCGGCUGCAUGGCCAGAAGCUCUGCGUUCAUGGACUGGUCCGCUGUGAGGAGUCAAGAGAAGAAAGGCAAGAAUAAUAUUCCUCCAAAAGUUCGAAAUGAUCAUUACAAAGAUGAGGAAGAGAUUAUAAUAACGAAUUAUCUAAAUCGCCACAAACGAUUCCUGGAGAGUUACGUCGCCGAGUGCGUGCCUGCCGAGGAUAUUGAGAAUUGGUUACAUCAUAAAUUGAAAUCACCUAGCAUCAUUUCAUUAGAAAGCAGGCAAAAGCCUAAACACAAGUAUAAGUUGGUGAACUCAAGAAAGCAGAUUUUUGCGGAGUUGCGCCAUAUUCUACAGAACGAUCUCUCGGAACAGGAUCUACUUGUGGAGUUGGCAACAAAGAUUGCCAACGUAAUUGGAGUCGACACUUACCGUAUUUUUAAACUAUCACCCGAUCAUCCAGAAGUCGUGCAGUAUUUUGUAUUUGACUACACCAAGUUCAGCGCAGCCCAGAGGCCGUACAUCACUCUGACUCGAGCAAUGACAGAUGUAUCCCUGAUUUUGGAAAUAGCUAAGAAUGGCAACGUCGUACGUCUGUCCGGCUUGGACAAACCAGACGUCCAUAUGCAGAAUCCAGAUUCUUUUUUCAAAAUGUCGAAAUUGAAGAAUAUGAAAAAUGCCAAUCAUGUCAUGUAUCAACCGAUUCUGACGUCUACUGGUGAAACGGGAUACCUAAUCGAAUUUUGGAGAGUGGACGACUCAUUUUCGGAUGUCGAAGAAGAAUUGUGCACGUGUUUUCUUAUGUGGGGGAGCUUAUCCAUACACUACUGUGGGCUGUACCAAGAGAAGAAAAGAGAAAGAAACAUGUCCGACUUCCUAUUGGACGUAGUGAGGGCAAUAUUUGAAGAGAUGGUAUCGUUGGAUCAGUUAAUAAAAAGAAUCUUGGAAUUUGCCCAAAAACUUGUAAACGCUGAUCGUGCUUCAUUGUUCCUGGUGGAUUAUAGGAACUUUGAACUAGUGUCUACUGUUUUCGAUCUCAAAUAUGAACCAGGUCAAGACAGGGACAUGGAGAAAAAGGAGAUAAGGAUGCCCAUCAAUAGAGGUAUCGCUGGCCACGUGGCAUUAUCAGGGGAGACAAUGAAUAUACCUGAUGCGUACUUGGAUAAUAGAUUUAAUAGAGAAGUAGACGAAGCAACCGGAUACAGAACUGUCAGUAUCCUAUGUAUGCCAAUCAAAGUUGAAGGCAAAGUGAUUGGAGUCGUCCAAAUGGUCAACAAACGGAACGACGACACUUUCGGGCACGACGAUGAAGUGGCCUUUGAGAUUUUCUCAACAUUCUUUGGAUUGGCUCUUCACCACGCUCGGCUGUACGACAGAAUAAUGAGGAAGGAACAGAAGUACAGAGUUGCUUUGGAGGUACUCAGUUACCACAGCACGUGCAGGGAGAAUGAGGUCCAGGCGUUACUCAAUGAUGAAGAGCCUCACUAUACAAAAUUGAAUGACUUCUCCCUAGACCCAUACAAAUUAAAUGAAUUUGAAAAAUGUAAAUCAGUUCUUACGAUGUUCGACGAUCUGUUCGAUAUAUCCAAGUUUGAUAUUGUGACCGUAACAAGAUUUAUCUUGACUGUGAAAAAGAAUUAUAGGACAGUACCUUAUCAUAAUUUCGACCACGGUUGGGCAGUUGCUCACUCUAUGUAUGUCAUUUUAAAGAAUGAUAUCCGGAGACGUUUUGAUUACAAAAUGAGGUUAGCUCUAUUCGUGGCUUGCCUUUGCCAUGAUUUGGAUCACCGUGGCUAUACAAAUAAGUAUAUGAGCGAGACCGCAUCGCCAUUAGCCGCUAUGUACACAACGUCUACACUUGAACACCAUCACUUCAACAUCACUGUCAAUAUUCUGCAGCAGGAAGGCCACAACAUUUUCUCUCACUUCUCGAGCGAGGAGUACAAAGUGAUUUUGGGCUACAUACGACAAGCAAUCUUGGCGACCGAUCUGGCUGCCUUCUUCCCAAACCUGGAGAAGAUGAAGGAGCUCUACAAAGAGAGUGCUGGUGUUCGGUUCAACUGGAAUAUACCUAGUCACCGAGAUCUUGCGUUGGCAAUAUCAAUGACUGCCUCAGAUUUAUCAGCUUCAGCCAAACCUUGGGAGGUCCAAAUCAAGACCGUGAAGGUUAUCUUUGAGGAGUUCUACGACCAAGGUGACAAAGAGCUAGCUGCUGGAAGAAUACCUAUUGCCAUGAUGGACAGAAAUAAACCCGAGGAGCAGCCGUCUAGCCAGGUCGGUUUCCUACGCCAAAUUUGUAUUCCAUGCUACACAAUGCUCUAUAAGAUACUACCGAACACGAAACCGAUGUACCUAAUGGCAAUGAGGAACCUAAUUAAAUGGAAAGUACGAGCUGAUAGAAUUGAAAGACAAUUAGAGUAUGGAGCAAAUAGAAAAAAGGACUUAUCUAACGAUGAAUCGUAUACGGAAGAUAAUAAUGCAGAGCAAACAGAUGACGCCAAAGACGACACCGAAAAUGAUGUCAAUGAUAUAACUGAGGACAGUAAACCAUAUGACACGUGGCAGGAACAUGAUCCGCCAUCUUGGGAUGAAGAAGACAGUAUAGUUGAUGAGAAUGUAAUGAAUACUGGUCUUUUGAAAUAUAUAACAGAUACAACGGACGAAGAGGCAUCGUCAAUGGAAAGACAAAAUCAUUGA